AUGGCAUUGCCUGUUCUUAAAUGUCCAUUUUUAUCUCAUUUAACUUUACAACAAGUUCGAGCUUCAGCUCCAAAUAUUCUUAAUUCUGGUGUGGAAUCAUGUCCAAUAUUUAGUCAAUUUGCUCGAAAAAUAUCAACAUCAAAUAUUCAUCAUAAUGGUAAUUUAUCAUCAACAAAUGUUUCAUCAUCAACGUCUCGUCCACUCAGUUUAAAUGAAAUCAAGGCUGUUCAUGAAAAAAUGCUUGAACAAAAAAAUCAUCAAUAUUCAUCAUCAAAAUUUAAACCAAUCAUACAAAAUGUUAAAACAUCAAUGAAUACAAACAAACCAAAUCCAUAUGGUGAAAUCAUUAUUUCGGCUGAAUGUGAAGAUCUGUUAUGUCCAUUUUUACACUCAACACCAAUUGCACUUCGUCGUGUUGUUAAUAUGGAUCAAGAUACAAUUAAAGUUAAUCGAAAAUCAAGUGUUGACAAAGUUCCACGUCCAAUAACAUCAUCACAUAUUAAUGUGGCAAAUACAUUUGAAUAUGAUGCUUUCUUUGAUGCAAAAAUUGAAGCAAAAAAACUGGAUAAUUCUUAUCGAAUUUUUAAACGUGUACAACGUAAAAGUGGUUGUUUUCCUCAAGCUGAAGAAAAAAAAACUUUAAAUGAGGAUUCUGAAUCACGUACAAUAACUGUUUGGUGUAGCAAUGAUUAUCUUGGCUUAGGUCAACAUCCGAAAUUAAGAAAGGCAGUCAUUGAUGCAGUAACAGCACAUGGAUCUGGUUCAGGUGGUACACGAAAUAUAUCUGGUACAAGUCCCUUGCAUGAAAAACUUGAAGAACAAUUAGCACGUCUUCAUCAAAAAGAAUCUGCACUUAUAUUUACAUCAUGUUAUGUUGCUAAUGAUACAACAUUAUUUACAUUAGCUAAAGGAUUACCAAAGUGCCAUAUUUUAUCGGACAGCGGUAAUCAUGCAUCAAUGAUACAAGGUAUUAGAAAUAGUCAAGUACCAAAACAUGUAUUUCGACAUAAUGAUGUUAAUCAUUUGGAAGAAUUAUUAAAAAAGAUCCCACGUCAUAUACCGAAAAUUGUUGCUUUUGAAACAGUUCAUUCAAUGGAUGGUUCAAUAUGUGAUUUGGAAGCAAUGCUUGAUGUUGCACAUGAGUAUGGUUCGAUAACAUUUAUUGAUGAAGUGCAUGCUGUUGGAUUAUAUGGUCCUAAUGGAGCGGGUAUAGGCGAACGUGAUCAGGUACUCCAUAAAAUGGAUAUUAUAUCAGGAACACUUGGCAAAGCAUUUGGAAGUAUUGGUGGUUAUAUUGCCGGUAAUGCUGCAAUGACUGAUUUUAUUCGAAGUUAUGGUUCAGGCUUUAUUUUUACAACAUCAAUGCCACCAACAGUUUUAGCUAGUUCUUUAGCAGCUAUUGAGAUUUCAAUGAGUGACGAAGGUCGUGCAUUACGUCGUAAACAACAAGAAAAUGUUCGUGAAUUACGAUCAAAAUUAGUUGAUGCUGGCCUUCCAGUAAUAGUGUCACCAAGCCAUAUUAUACCAAUUCAUGUGGGUAAUGCAGCAUUAGCUUCAUUAUUAUGUAAUCAUUUACUUAAUCGUUAUUCAAUUUAUAUUCAAUCGAUUAAUUAUCCAACUGUUGAACGAGGAACGGAACGUUUAAGAAUUGCUGCUACACCUUAUCAUACAAGUGAAAUGAUUGAUCAAUUAGUUGAUGCAUUAACACAUGUUUGGAAAGAUGUUGGUCUUACGUUAAAAGGUGUUGAACAACGACAACAACCAAUCGCUUUAAGACAUCAUGCUUAA